AUGGCACUGGUGGUGUUUCCCCCAGACACAGAGGAGGGUUCUGGCUACUUUCCAGCAUUCCUUCCGGGCAUGUGGAGCCUUUUCGUCCUUCUCACGACGGCCAACUUUCCCGAUAUUAUGAAGCCAGCUGUGCAGCGCCAUCGUGCUGCCUUCAUCUUCUUCCUGCUCUUCCUGCUCAUUGGUAUGUUUUUCUUGGUGAAUGUCUUUACGGCCGUGGUGAUGCAGGCCUACCAAGCCCAGGUAGAGUCAGAGUUGGAAAAUCGGAAGAAUCUCAGGCAGAGCAAAGUCAAAGAGGCUUUUGCUCUGCUAAACUCUGAGGGUCCCCUCUCUGUGGAUGAUCUGCAGAAGGUGAUCAUGGAGCUAAGCCAGUAUGCAGACACGCGGAAUGCGCAGAUGGUCAGUGCCCUUGAUAUCGACACCAGCAAGGACGGCAUCAUCAGCCAGCAAGAGUUCGGAACUCUCAUCGGCGCGCUGAACACUGCCAUUCAGACGUGGGUUCCACCUCCCUACUUAGAAGUGCUCUUCCCGCGCCUGCACGAUCAUCCCCUCUGGCUGAAGGUCAAGAAAUAUCUCGGCCAAGUCGACAGAGUUGGAUGGAUCAUAGACAUUGUUUUGGUCAUCAACCUCGCAGUGAUGUUGUACCAAAUGUGGCCUGUGAUGGCAGGCACGGUCUCCACCGACAGAGGAGUUGCGGAGAAGCUGGAACUGACUGCUGUUACGGGAUGGAGACAAAAUGUCUUCACCUGGGUAUUUAUCUUCGAAGCGGCCGCCAAGAUAAUAGUUCUGGGAGUACCAACAUACUUUUCUACACAUACCAACCAGUUCGACUUCGUUGUGACCGUGAUCAUCGCAUUAACCAGCUUUGCAAUUGCAUGUCCGCUUAUAGAUUAUGCAGACUGGAACCUCGUUCAAGUGGUGGCAUGCGCCCGAUUGUUCCGUCUUUUCCGAUUGCUCAACAUCUUUCAGCCGUACCACGACCUAGGAAGGAUUACUUUCCUGCUGCUCCCUACAGCUAUGGACAUUUUCAUGAUCCUGGCACUGAUCUGCUAUAUCUUCUCGGCAAUCGGCGUGUCACUCUUCGGAGGCAUGAUCAGCACCGACCCACGAAACCCUCAUCAUGCCGCAGUAGCGGCCUCCAGCUUCGGUCAGGCUGGUUAUUGGGCCAGCAACUUCAAUGACUUCGGCAUGGGUGUGAUGACCCUUUUUGAGCUCUUGGUUGGCAACAACUGGACUAUAAUUUGUGAUGGCUUCACGGCUGCUGCUGGUGAGUGGGCUCCUCGCUCAUUCUUCGUCAUCUUUCACAUCCUUGGCGUGCUGGUGGGUCUCAACCUCUUGGUGUCCUUCAUCAUCGGAGGUUUCGUAGAAGAGUACGAGAAGCCCAUGGCGUCUGCAAGCACGAAGACGCCCCCGGCCGAGCCCGCAACUGAGGAGCCACCAGGUGAGCCAGUCGACUCGGAAGCGAAGAAGAAGAAGCGAAGGGUCUUCGGCGAGGGGACCCCCACUGCCAAGUCUUCGAUGCCCGAGGCCUCAAGGACUGAUCAUGAGCAGCAGCAGCAACGGUCUCCACCGAAGAAGAAGAAGAAGCGGAGGGUCUUCGGCGAGAAGACGGCAGAUCCGAAGGUCGCGGCGCCCGAGGCAUCAAGGACUGAUCAUGAAAGCCAUCCACAGCCCUCACCGCCGAAGAAGAAGAGGAGGGUAUUCGGUGUAGACCCCCUUCCGAAGCGGCCUUCUUCGGCCCCAGCGAAAACAGGCCGGAAGAGGCCAUCAAAGGGAAGUCUGAAGUGGUUUUUGCACACAGGCUUAUAG